ACAGUAACCAAGUUGCGGUCAUCGCAAGUGGAUUUCUAGUCUCGUUACAGACGAACAAUAAAGAGCGCGAAGAGAGUGGUGUGAAGUGGAUUGUUAUUAAGGGAUUGUUCCGCAUAUCUUCUUCUUUUUUUCAAUAAUUUUUUUGGUUUUUCUUCAUGUUCGCUCAUUGAGGAAAAAUGGAAAAUAAAAAUUUUGUCCCUGAUAACAUUCCUGCAGCAGAUCUCGACAAGAGUUGGCAUAUUCCAAGACCCACACUAGCUCGAAGCUCAAAAAGCAGUCAAGGAUCAACAUCUAGCAAUAAUAGUACGCAAAGCGUACGAUCUGGUUCACUUCUUCUAACAGCAGCCAAUCUAGCCCAAAUCCAUCAUCUUCAACAUCCGCCCGACGUCGAGAACCCCCCACCAACGACGGAGGCGUCGACACGUGACCAAAACAUCCGGUACUAUCUCCAAAGUCAGUCCGUAGACGGUAUCGACCACCUACCGCCAUCUAUCGACGUCAAUAAGAAGAAAGAACCAGACACCGUCUCGGUAGCCAGCAGUACACAUUUCACGGUUGUCAACGUCAACACCAGACAAAAACAGCCGCAGAGGAGUUUCUGUAGGAAGCACCAGUUGACGAUAUUGGUACUGACGAUGUCUACUAUAUUUACUAUAGGAAUUAUGGCGGCCAUAUUGCUUUUAGAAUUGAGGGCCCAGAAUCAAAGGUAUUGAAUACCUACAAAAGUACAAGGAAUUUCCUAAGAUGGCAUUUAGUGAAGGAGAAAAGCAGCAACAAUUUUCCCUGCCUUCAUAUCAGUUUUCAUAAAUGAAAAAUGAUCCAUCCAAACCAGGAAUAUAUGUUUAGCAACUCGCCAAUCGAUAAGAGGACAGGCAGUUGAAUACAACUAUAUGGAACAAGAUGCGAAAAGAGGAUGAUAAUUGUUAAGACGAAAAAGAUAUUUUGCCAGAUAAAUUUCUAACAGACUGUAUGUCAAAUUAUGCAUAUAAAAUUGUAGUUUUCUUCUUGGUCUUAAAAAACCAGAUGAUCAUUUGUUUUUGUGCAAGUUUUGUGUUGAUUUCAUUCAUUUAUGAGAGCAAGAUGAGAAGUUCUCGAUGUAUGAAAGGAUAUUCUAUUUACUUCGUCUUUACCAGCAAGUUCUGUCUGAUGAGCUAAUGAUAGCGAAACACUUGUCACAGAAUGGCAGGUAAACGAGGUCUGAAUAUUCCUUUUCGUAUAUCAUUUACAGAAAAUUAUAGCUUUAGGUGUACCUAUUUCAAAUUAUUUAUUUGUUAUGUCAAAACGUACAAGUUUACUCUCAUUAUUUUUUUUUUGUACCAUCUAUGGGUUCAGGAAAGAACUUUUCAUGCUGCCCUAGUAAAAAACGCACACUUUAGCCCCAUCAAUAACACCAACCUUUAUAAUAUACAUUUCAAUUUGUAUCUUUUUUGCAAAAUGCCUAUCUUUAGUAUUAUUUAUACUUAUUUAAAAUGUUAGUUACUUUAAAAUUUGAAAUUAUCUUACCAAUGGUACCAAAACUGUUUUAAACAAUAGAUAAAGAAUUGUACAAUAGUCUACCAGGAGUACCGUAAUGUUUAAAAGUACCGAAUAGGAACUACAAUGUGUUAUUUUUUACCUUAUUCAGUUUGAUAAAGUGGUGUCUAUUUCUUCCAUUUAAACGUUUAGAGUUAUACAAGGGAUGUUCAGAAAGUAAGAAUAUAUUAAAAAUCUAAAAAUAGGAACCUAUUAAAAAUAAUAAUAAUAUAUAAAACUACGACGAUGGAAAGAGUACAUCGAGGAACUAUUUCAUGACCAGAGAGAAGUUAGUACAUCUGUAGAUAGCCAAACCGGAGAUGUGGGCCCAGAGAUAACCAAAUCAGAGGUUAGUCACGCAAUAGACUCUAUGAAAACCAAUAAAUCUGCUGGUCCAGAUGAAUUACCUAGCGAGCUGAUAAAGUUGGUCAACGAGAAAAACCUGGACAUAAUAGUGGAACUGUUCAACGCUAUCUAUACUACGAGAAUCAUUCCUAGAGAAAUGUUGACAUCAGCAUUUGUGUGUUUGCCAAAGAAUGCAGUGACUACCGAACCAUAAGCUUAAUGUCACGUAUGUACCUUGAAAAUUCUGCUGAAAAUUAUCCACGCAAGAAUACACUCUAAACUGGAGCUGGAUAUUAGUGACACUCAAUAUGGGUUCCGCAAUGGUAUGGGUACCAGAGAGGCAUUAUUCUCCUUCAACGUGCUGACACAGAGAUGUUUGGAUGUUAACCGUCCUCUUUACGUCUGUUUUAUAGACUACAAUAAAGCGUUUGAUAAAGUAAAACAUGAUCGACUCAUGGAAAUUCUUAAAACUAAAAACCUAGAUGAAAGAGAUUUAAGACUAAUAACACACCUCUAUUACAAUCAGCGAGCAAUAGUAAGAAUUGAAAAAGAAACAUCUGAAGAAAUGGAAAUAAAGAGAGGAGUCAGGCAAGGCUGGAUACUAUCACCUCUAUUAUUUAACGCUUAUUCUGAAGAGGUAAUGCGAGAAACUCUGGAAGAGGAAACAGUCGGCAUAAGAGUAAAUGGAGUCUUAGUUAACAACAUUAGAUAUGCAGAUAAUACAGUAAUAAUAGCCGAUAGUUUACAAGACCUGCAAAGACUCAUGAGUAAAAUAGUAAGGUGUAGUAGGGAGUACGGACUCUCUCUUAAUAUCAAAAAGACGAAGUUUAUGAAAAUUAGUAAAAACAACCAUAAUACUAACGAAAUCUUAAUAGUAGAGGAUCAACAGAUCGAAAGAGUAAAAAAGUACACUUACCUAGGAACACUUAUAACAGAAAAUAAUGACUACACUCAGUCCCGGCGCUAGGGUGUGAGACGCCCGCCUGCAGAACUAGUUUAGGUGCCCUUAGAUUUUUUUUAAUUAGUAUUUUGUAUAACACCAGCACAAAAAAACUCAUUUUGGCGCCCCCCAAAAAGGGGCGCCCGCCUGCAGUGCAUCCCUUGCAGGCCCGUUAUCGCCGGCCCUGACACUACACUGCAGAAAUCAAAGUCAGAAUCGAAAAAGCACGUUCUAAUUUUAUGAAAAUGAAAAAGGUCCUACGUAGCAAAGAUUUAACAUUAGUUUUUAAAGUACGCCUAACAAAAUGUUACGUAUACAGUGUACUAUACUAUGGAGUGGAAUCAUGGACGUUGAAUGUAGAGACAAUGAGACGACUUAAGGCCUUUGAAAUGUGGACUUAGAGAAGAUUUAUGAGGGUUUCCUGGGUAGACAGAGUUACGAACAACGAAGUACUGAGAAGAAUAGGUAAAGAGAAGGAAGUUGAACUUACAAUUAAAGAAAGAAAACUACAGUAUCUCGGACAUGUGAUGCGGGGCGAGAAGUAUGGCACCCUGCCACUCAUAAUGCAAGGUAAGAUAGAUAGCAGAAGAAGCAUCGGAAGAAGACGAAUUUCAUGGCUGAAGAACCUGAGAGAAUGGUUUGGAUGCAGCUCAAAACAACUAUUUAGAGCUACUGCCUCAAAAAUUAAAAUAGCUAUGAUGAUUGCCAACCUCCGUAGCGGAGAUGGCAUCUGAAGAAGAAGAAGGUACCUAUAUUGUUAAUAGUGCCGAAAUAUCUUAAAUAACAUGUUUUAUUUUCUUAUAAUGUUUAGGGAUAUACAAGAGACAUCCAGAAAGUAUUUUUCGUAAUCUUGAUAAAAAACUCGUCAUCCUAAAGGUACUAUUCAUACAAAAACUCCUCAAAUUUAAAUGAUAAUUUGAGAGUGUUAUGUCCAAGGAAUAGAUAAGAAACUCACAAUGUUCAACACAAACCACACGAGUGACUGCUACAUUAGAGUUAACUACAUUAGAGUCUCGUUAGCCACUCCUUUCUUUCACGUGAUAUCACGUGAUGGAAUAUUUAGUGGAGUAAUAAACGAACCAUGAAGAACAUUCGCAUGUCUUCUUCUUCUUAAUGUUCCUAUCGGUACCGAAUAUUGGAGAUCAUCUUGGUACUUAAUCUUUAUCUUCUUUUUCCUUGACCCCACUUUCCAAAUAUUCUUCCUUGCAGGAUGUCUUGUAGGAAGGCACACCUGGAUUCAUUUCACACAAUGUGUUCAAAAACUUUCGAGAGUUGAUAAAAAUACAGAAGUAGGUAGUAUCCCAAAACCCAGUAAAAUAGGAGAAAGAAAACCAGGAAGAGCCAAAAUGAGCUGCCAAAAAAUUUGAUAAAGAAAUGAGGGAAAUGCCUAAUUAAGGUUGAGACUUGAAGAUCUCAGAGUACACUGUAAAACGAGCAAUCUUCUAUCAAUUGCAAACGUAGUUUGAAGUUAUCUAUAAAGAUACUUUUUCAAAAAUAAAGCUGCAGAAAAUGUUUGGGAAGAAAUAGAACCCUUUAAAAAGCUUAUACAUGUUCUAAAAUAGGAAUCAGCAAACCUAACGUUUUCCUCAAAAAGAUUUGCUGAUGCCUCUUCUAGCUUAACGAAUAUUAUAAUCAACAGUUGUAGUAAGAUGUAGAUAAUAAUUUUACUGUGAUAAUGAUUGAACGAGUGUCGUAAAAUUUAUUUAUAUUUAUCUAAUUUCUGAAUGUCAUGUGCAGAUUAUUCAGAGAUGUACGUAGUAAAUUUGUUUAAAAUUAAAAAUUAUUCAUA